AUGACGACUCACAUUGCUGUCCUUCCUACAGAUGUCCUGGACACGAUAUCCAUGAAACUCAACGAGAGGGUUGUAGGGAACGGAAUCAACGGAUGCCCAACAAAUGCACAAUUUCUCCGACUCCCUCACCCCAGAACGGGCAUCCCCUCUCUAUUUCUACCAUAUCGCUUGUCGAAGACAGACAAUACAAUACGAUGGGGGCUUCUUGAGGUGCAAUCUGUAACACCCCCAAAUCCACGCUCUUGGUUAUUUUCAAGCGAUGAAGUAGUAGAAGAUGGGAAAUUGCUGGUUAUGACACCUAUCGAUCCGACAUUCGUCUUGAUACCCAUCUUACAAGUCGCUAGACCACCCGGCGGAACGCUGGGGAAGUUUUGCCCAUUACACGAUAUUUUUGACGAAGUCGCUUUAAAGCUUGCACAACAGUCUGUCGGGUCUUCUUGCAUCGACUCGUCCUCCGUCAUUUCGUCAAGGGACAUACUAUCCCUGGCUUCUUUGGACUGUAUAUCCGAUGCCAUGAGGCGACUAUGCGAUGUCAAGGACAUCACAGCUGAUAUCACCGUAUACCGAUACUCCGAGGAGAAGCUAGUUGAGUACUUACGUGGAAAAGUGUCUCGCUUGUCAAAGCAGCAAGUGUCCGAGAAGUCCAGAACAGUGACACGGAGAUUGGCGAAGGAUGGCCUUAUGGAUGACGGCAAAGAACGCCUAUUAGAGCGUAAGCUCUCAAAUAUGACUACGAGAACAUUGCCUGAAUAUGUAGUAGUUGGCCGCAUCAAGGCCGCUUGCGAUCUCGUUUCGCAGUAUUUGCCCCCGGACACGUACAAGUCCUUGAAGGCGUCCUAUGACUUCAGUCCAUUGGAUGAACAUUUGAAGGCUUUAGAAAAUGAAAUGACCGCGAUGACUGUCGUGAAUGCUCCUGCAUCCAAGGCGAAAAAGGUUAAUGGAGAUGAGCAAGAUGGGAAGAAGCGAAAAAUGAAGCCCAAGGGCUCUCAAGGCACAGAGAAGUUGAAAAAGGCGAAUUUGAAUGGGAUGUCGAAGAUAUCAUCUUUUUUCCAAAAGAAGUGA